AUACAGAAUGAAAAGAUGACCUAAUUAAUACCAUAGGAUACAGUAGACUUCAUUCGUAUAGCACGACUAAAACCAGCUACCCAAUAUAGUAUUAACAUUUCUUUUUUCUGAAUAUUAAAGUCCAAUGCCAAACACACGAAUAUGAGUUAGUGAUCAUCGUUUCAAUCAGAAAGACUUUUGCUUUCAUUUUGACCAAUCAAUUGCAACAGAACUAUGUAUGACUCUGAUAUUCAUUGCAACAUUAUUAAGUUUUCAGCAUCAGCCCUGACAGUAAUAUUGAUCUAAUUCUGUUUGUCCCUAAAGUUAAUAAGUAACGUCUCGAUUCUGGCUUGUGCGCCGUGUGAGUUAAUAAAAGGCCAUCUCCUGCACAUCUUUCUCAUUUUUUGGUUCCUCGCUUGCUGAAGUUUCCAACAUGCAGCUAUCUGUUCACUGGGUUGGGUGUGCGGCACUUUUGUCUCUCCUAAUAGUUGGAGAAGUGUGGUGUGCUUGUACCGAGGACAAUAUGCAAAUAGAGGGAGGCCAUUACACACUGACCAAGGGACUAAAUGCAAGCAGCAUGCUGGUCUACCACUGCCCUGAGGGUUUCUAUCCAUAUCCCUCCAGAAGGCGCGUGUGCCUGCUCACUGGCACAUGGAGCGAAAUGCCCCGACGCUCUAAACCUCAGACGUGCAGGAUGGUUGAGUGCCCGAACCCCUUCGUGCUGAUGCACGGCAGCGUUUAUCCUCCUCAGGAGAAAUACUUUGCAGACAACGAGACCACAUAUGAGUGCUACUCGGGCUACACGUUGCGAGGCUCAGCCAGGCGGGUCUGCUUACCAAACGGCAAGUGGAGUGGCUCCACUCCUAUUUGCAGCCGUGACUCAGGAAGUGAUUGUGCCGAUCCCGGGAUCCCAGCUGGCGCCUUGAGAAAUGGCAAUUCAUUUGGACUUGACGACAAAGUGAAAUACAGCUGCACCGGCAAUCUGUUUCUGGUUGGCUCCAGUGUGCGAGUGUGCCUGGAGAACGGCCAAUGGACUGGCACGGAACCCGCUUGCUACUACGAUUACACUUAUGAUACUCCACUGGAAGUUUCAGAGGCUUUUGGCAGCGCAAUUAAAGGCAGCCUCACCACUUUGGAGCCUACAGAUGACACACAGGAGGGCAGAAAAAUCCGGAUUUCAAAAACAGGAACACUCGACAUCUACAUUGGUGUGGAUAUUUCUGAGAGCAUCGAAGAAAAAUACUUCAAUGAUGCCAGGGAUACUGUAGCUAAACUUAUCACCAAGAUUUCAUCUUUUCCUAUCUCUCCAAACUACGAAGUCGUAUUUUUCUCCUCCGAAGUAUUUGAAGUUGUCAACAUUCUGGAUUUUUUGGACGGCAAAGUCCAACUGAACGUCUUGAAGACAAAAGUGGAAAGCUUCAAAAUUGGCACUGGAAACACAGCCGGAACCGAUCUCAACUUGGUCUUCAUGACCUUCUUGGAGCGAAUGGCGCUCAUCAAGCAGCGAACAGGGGAUGACGGCUUUAAGGAGCAUCGUCACGUCAUCAUUCUUUUUACAGACGGGGCCUACAACAUGGGUGGUUCACCUGAGCCGACAGUUGAAAAAAUCAAAAACAUGGUAUACAUGGACCCCAAUUAUAAGCAGAAAGAGCCAUUGAGAGCAGAGUACCUGGACAUUUAUAUUUUCGCCAUCGGGGCGCAGAUCUUUGAUGACGACUUGGAGCCUCUCACCGUGGGGACAGGUGGCAACCAUUACUUCAGGAUGAAGGACAUCAAAAAACUACAAAAGACAUUUGAUGAAAUUAUCGAUGAGGAUGAAGUCAAAGGCUUGUGUGGUCUUCACAAGGAUUACGUCACCACUGAAGAAAGGGAAAACUAUCCAUGGGCAGCGCAGAUUGUUGUCCAGAACGAGGGUCGAGUUAUGAAGUGCAUGGGCUCUCUGGUGACACCCAUGUUCAUCUUGACCGCCGCUCACUGCUUCACGUUUGAAGAUCUGCCCAAGCACGUCACGGUUGACAUCAACGACGGACAGGGCAGAAUCAAAAGAGUUAAGAAUUUCUUUUUACACCCAAAGUUCAACGUUAGUGCGAAAGUCAACGAGGGCGUGAAAGAGUUUUACGACUAUGACGUGGCUCUCAUUCAACUUACCGAAUUUGUGAAAAUCUCCACUCUGGUCAGACCCAUUUGCAUACCCUGCACCCAGGAGACCAGUGAUGCUCUAAAACUGGUUGGUGAAUCUACCUGCGCAGCACAAGAGCAGCUCCUGUUAAAGAAUAUGGAGAAACUUACGUUCCUGACGCGGAAGGGCAAAUGGGUGGAUGAAAAACACGUCCACGCUAAACUUGGCGAUAAGAGGGACGAAUGCAUUCAACAUGCACUGGAGGCACCGGGAAUCACUGCAAAGAAAGCAGAGAUUCCCGUGACGGAAAAUUUCCUGUGCACCGGUGGUCGCACUCCCUUCAGAGAUCAUAUAGCGUGUACAGGUGACUCUGGAGGGGCUGUCUUCAAGAACUACGAACAUCGCACAGUGCAGAUUGGAGUGGUCAGCUGGGGAAGCAAAAACUUGUGCAAGGGCGGUGGUGUCGUCGACUCAGACGAGAACUCCCGUGAUUUCCACAUCAAUGUCUUCAGGGUUGUACCUUUCCUCAAAUCUAUCCUUGGAAACGACAACCAGGAUGAUUAUGCACCGCUGGAGUUCUUGAAGAGCUAAAUGCUGCGGUUUGAUUUUGUGGUUAGAGUUUACCUGAAGGGGAGACAAGGAAUUCACAUUAAUAUCAUCGCGCAUGUUUUUCGUAAACGUUAAGCCGAUAUCACUUUUUGAGUCACGGUAGACUAUUGUGAGCAAGACGGAAAACAUAUAUGAAGUCGUGAUUUGAAAAAAAUCUUGCUCAGUGUCUUUAUAUAGUUU